AUGGAUCCAGUAAUGCGUCGACAUCCUAGCAAGCCUAGUCUUUCAUCACCAUCCACUUUAUCUCCAAACAACAUUUCUCAUUCUCAGCCUCACCACCAUCGAAAUGUUGCCAUGAAACAAGAUCAGACUAAUAAAGACUUCGAAAUCGACGACCGCGACCGCGAACGCGACCGCAGGGAUCGAGACAGAUUUGAUUCGGACCGUCGAGUCUCGACCCUUGACUCGCACCCCCGGUCGUCUGCAUUGCGGUCUCAAUCACCUAAUUCUCGACGUCCAGAAGACCACGGUGAUAGAAAUAAGAGUACGCACGACGAAUCAAUCUCACGUCAAGACGACAAACAUGGCCGACCUGAUGUAAGUCAGCGUGGACGAUCGCAAGAUCGAACUGAAAACCCCGAAGACACUAACACGGUCCUAGGAGGAACGAUUACGCGAAUCACGGAUCAAGGGGUCGAUCUUUUUCGCCAGCAUCAAGGAAGCGACGGAGGACUCGUAGCCCAUUACCUUUUCCACCCCCUCGAGCGAAAAAAUCCAGACGUGAACGUGAACGAGAUCGCCGGCGUCGAGCAGAGCGGGCUGAAAGGACGGAUAGAGGUCAAGCGAAAAAUCCUGUUCCGCUGCCUUCUCGUGGCCGAUCUCCUUCGCCACGCCACGCCGAUCCUCACACUCGACACGCCGACCGCAAGGAUUCAAUUGAACCACAUCAUAAUCGGCAUCCAAGUCACUCUCCCUAUCAAGAUCUUAUAUCGACCGGGGCCGGUUCACGCUCCCGCCGCUCUUCUCCCGUCGUUGAUUCAUCUAGGCCGGAUUUUCCACCGCGGUCUCCUAGAGAACGUGGGUCUCGUCGUUCACGAAAAAAAGGUAAACAUCGCGAAGACUCGAGAUUUCCCCCAAGGGGACAUUUAG